AUGUGGAACGGUGAAUGUAGCAAUCUGCAUCGAAAUAAUGAUGCUUACAUAAUCGAGCAAGCAGAAGAUCAAGAGGACCAACAGAAUGAUGUAAUCGUUGAAGCAGCGCGACAAACAAUGGAAUAUUACGUAAAGUACAUGGACAAGAUCCCAUGUCGAACUUCAAUUUUAACCGGUCAUGCAUGGAUUGAAGAAUUAUUUGAUGGACACUUGGGUAGGGGUGAAGAAAAUUUGCAUAUGCCUCUGUAUGUGUCUAAAGCGUUAUGUCAUACAUUACGACGAGAUUUUGGUUUACGGGUACCUAAAAGACCUCAUGGAUUACACAUUGAAGAAAGUGUUGCCAUGUUCAUACAUACCUUGGCUGGCUACCAAAAUCGAAGCAUUCAAGAGCAGUUUCAGCACUCGGGAGAAACGGUUUCUCGACAUUUUCAAGCAGUAUUGGAUGCAAUGAAAUUGUUCACAGAACAGCAUUGUAAGCCCACCAGAGCUCAAACUAGUAGGCAUCCCAAAUUGCGUUCAAGAGGCAAAUACAUACCGUUCAAGAAUUGUAUAGGUGCGUUGGAUGAAACUCACGUAGAAGCUGUGUUGCCUGUCCGUGAUGCAGCCACAUAUUACGGUCGAAAAGGGUAUCCAACCCAAAAUAUACUAGCUGUGGCAGACUUUGACAUGUGCUUCAUUUUUAUUUCCUGCGGCUGGGAUAGAAGCAUGCAUGAUAGUCGCAUCUUUAAGGAAGUAAUUGAAAAUCAGCGUGUACCGUUUCCGCACCCACAAGAAGGUAAAUAUUACCUUGUGGAUGCGGGAUAUCCAAACAAGAAAGGGUACCUGGCACCAUUCAAAGGGUCUCGGUAUCAUCAAGCACAAUUUUGGGAACAUGGACAACCCGAUAACCCGAGAGAAAUGUUUAACGAAGCGCAUGCAUCACUACGGAGUGUAGUGGAAAGGACUUUUGGAGUGUGGAAAUCUCGGUGGAAGUUCCUGCACAACAUGCCAGACUAUGAUUUUGCGACGGUGCAAGUGCCGUUGGUCGGUGCAUCAAUGGCCUUACACAAUUUUAUUCGUAGACACGAGAUAGCUGCCUUAGGCAACGACAGACAAUAUUUUGUUUCAUCCGCCCCGAAUGACAUGCCCGACGUUCACGCUGGCGGACAAAAUCUCGAUGAUGGGCUCAUGGUUGGGGAUACAGAUGUGGAUAUGGCAAGAGUUCGUGUUCGCAUACGCGACCAUUUGUUUUAUAUACGCAGGUUGGGACUAUUGUGA